AUGUUGACCGCUCCAACUGCUCCAGAACCCAAAUUAACGCGAACAAUGAUAAUCUGUGAGGAUGUGAAUCGAAAUGAUAAAGAUGAUAAUAAUGAUGCGGAUAAUCCUCUGGCUGACCACAAUCUUCUUUUACAAGAAGCGACACCACCAGAUGAUCAGGAUAGGACGUUAAAUAUGAAUAAGGAACAUCACCAGUCUCUUUUCUGUGCACCUGCCUCCCCAGAACGAUCCCCGUCUGUUUUGGAACAAAAACCGCGAGUUUGGCGUCAACAGCUUGGAGUACCUCAACGAGGAUUUGGAUCAGGCAAUAGAGCAGAUUGGGAUUCAAGCAAUCGGCCAGUUCGUCUACCGCGACUUGUCCGUCGCGGAGUCGGCGGCCUCAAGUGGAGACAAACUUGUGGCGGAACAACAAACUCCACUACAACGUUUACUGGCCGACCGAAGUGUAUUUUUAAGUGCGACGCCUCCAACCCGAAGUCGUCUAUUUACCCCGAUAUGCCAUGCCUCAUGUGUUAUGAAAUGCGCGGAUAUUAUGGAUCAGGAGGAGGAGGAGGAGGGGAUGAUGAAUAUUAUGGAGGAGGAGGAAGCGAAUUUGAUGAGCUUUUGCAUCUUUUGAGUUUGGUAUUGUCUGUGGAGGAAGAAAGAGAUAAGGAGAAGGUUAUUAUGUUGGAGAAGGAUGAAGAAGAAGAUUUGAUAAACGAGAUUUUUGCGGCAAUGUCCGCAAGUAGAAGGGAGGUGUUUUUUGUUGUUGUCUCUCAACCACCUCGUCUCCUUCCAGCACCCGAAUGUGCCGACAUAUUCACCAGUCGUGGGUUCAUUGCUGCUCCUCAAAGUUUAAGAAGGCCAAGUCUAGAAAAUUAUCAUCAAAGUCAAAGUUAUCAUCAAAAUUAUCAGCAGUUGGAGGGUGUUGCAAACAACAGCGUUGCCACAACUACAUCAACAAGUGCCUCGGGCCAUGCCUCAAGUGGCGACUUCUUCAACUCUCACAAUUGUUAUUACAACAAUUACAACAACAACAACAGUUACAAUAAUGAGUGUUUUAAUGGUGAUGGUGGUGGAAAUUACUUUGAAAAUUGUUUUGAAAAUUGUUUUGAAAAUUAUUAUAAUCACAAUCAACAUUUAUCUUCUUCUUCGGAACAGUAUCAACAAAAUAUUAAUUCUUCUAAUUUUUUAAAUAAUUCUUUUAAUAAUUCUUUUAAUAAUAACCACAAUAAUCAACAACAACAACAACAAAAUUUUCCUUCAAAUAAUUAUUUAACGUCUUCCCCUCAACAAUAUUUGGCAUCAACAACUCCUUCAAAUCCUUCCUCUUCCUACUCUUCUCAAAAUAAUAAUAUAAAUAAUGAUUGGCAUUUUUGGAUUGAUGAUUUAAUUAAACAAGUACAAGAUGAAGUUGCUGCUGAAAAAAAGCUUUUCUGUAUGGAUAGACGCCCUUCUACUACUUUUAGUGAUAUUUCUGCUAAUGUUGGUUCUGUGCAGCAACAAAAUUUAUUUGAUGAUGAUGAAAAGGUGGUUAAUAAUAAUAAUAAUUGUGCUACUCGAUUUGAGUCUGGCAGUGUUAUCUCCCCUUCCUUAUAUUCCCAAUCUAGUAGUGGUUGUAGUAGUUCAUCAUCUAUUGGUAAUUCUCCUUAUUCUUUUAAUGGAACAAUAAUUCCUACCUCUACAACUCAAAAACAAAAACAACCAAUUUUGUCUAAUAGUGACAUUUCAUCCAAUACUAAUUAUAAAUUAAAUAAACGCGCAAAGAAAAAUUCUCUCCUAACUCUUUCGCGUGAGGAAUUGGCAGAAAGGAAAAAACAACAAAAUCGAGUGGCAGCCCAACGUUAUCGUAACCGACGUACCCGAACCUUGGAAAGUGAAAAAUGUGAAAUUGAUGAGUUGGAAUCUCGUAAUUUUAAAAUGCGAGAAGAAUUGGCUAUGUUGGCUAAAGAAAUUGAAAAAUUGAGAGGUCAAUUAUUACUUUCCCGUUAA